UUUACUUGUCGGUGGUUGCUCGACUUGGCAGCACUGUCCCUCUUCCUGGUACACGCUGAAUCUAGUCAUGAUGUCUCCAGCAGCUCGUGGGAUGCAACACUAUACGAUUGGGGUCUUCUUGGACGAUACCCUCAACAAUCUUUCAAAUCAUCAAGUUUGCGACCGCCAUACAUGAACACUGUUCAGUGGGAUGAACAAUGUGCUCAAGGUUACACUUUACUAAGCCUUCGUGGGACUAUGGUCCCCAAUCCUGCUGGAGUUAUGCUGGAUGAACACGGUGACCUGAUAUGGAUGGACGAGAGCUUUGGUCCAUACGUGAUGAACCUGAAGGUUCAGGAGUACCAAGGCGAGCAGUACAUCACUCUCUGGUCUGGAAACAUCGAUUCUGGUUCUGGACUAGGGACAUACUAUAUGUUUUCUGCAUCGAAUACCCUGGAGAACGAUUUUCACGAAUUUACCAUCACAACCGACAAUACAGCUCUACUCACGAGCUACGACACAAUCUCCGUGGAUCUAACGUCUUUUGGAGUCCAAGGCCGAGGCUGGAUCUACGAUAGUCUGUUCCGAGAGAUGGACAUUGAGACCGGUGAAAUUGUCUUUGAAUGGCGUGCGUCGGAUCAUUUCGCCAUCAACGAUACUUUCUAUCCCAUAGGCUCUGCAGGCCAGAGUCCUGAGGCACCGUUCGAUUUCUUCCAUAUCAACAGUGUUGAUAAAGAUAGUGAUGGUAACUACAUCAUUUCAUCUCGCUUCAUGCACAGCAUUGCAUGCAUUUCUGCCGAUACGGGAGCAAUCUUGUGGACUUUGGGCGGUCGCAACAACAACUUCACAGAUCUAUCAGGAGGAAGGGCGACAGAUUUCGCCUGGCAACAUCACGCAUCCGUGCAAGCGAACGACCAAAUCAGUAUCUUCGACAAUGCCAAUUACAAGAAAUGGCAUGAGAAAUUACUAGAAGGCAGUGAGAUCAGCCGUGGGAUGUUAGUACGACUGGACAAGGAGAACAUGACUGUUGAGCUCGUUCAAGAGUUUAUGAACCCUGGCUCACGAGGCACACCUCAACAAGGAUCUAUGCAAGUUCUGGACUCUGGCAACGUAUUGCUGGGCUGGGGCUACCACGCAGGAUAUACUGAAUAUUCCCCAGAUGGCGAGGUACUUUGCGAUACCCACAUCAACCCAGCUAUGCUUUUCUCCUUCGGCUUCGUACACUCCUAUCGUGCGUUUAGAGCUAGCACCUGGAUCGGACGCCCAAACACACAGCCAGAUGUGUAUCUUAAUCCCGCAAAUGGUUACGCGCUCGUGAGUUGGAUGGGUGCAACAGAAGUGAGCCAUUGGAUUUUGCAAACAGUAAACGCCACAUCUGCCGAUGAGCUGAAUUUUAUUGAUGCCGUCAAAGUAGAGAAGGAUGGGUUCGAGACACAAAUCGAGGUGCCGGACGGCGAUUAUGAAUACUUGCGCAUCGUUGCAGUCGACAAGACUGGCGGUGUGCUUGCGAGCUCUAAGAUUGUCACUGCGGAUAGAGGCACUGUCUCGAGUUCAGGCAACUGGAAAUUCACAAUUGUCUCCGUAAUGCUUUGGACAAUGUGUUUCGUGGCAGGUUGGUCCUAUCACAAAAAGCUAAGAUUGCUNAUUGCAAAAGGACAGCACAAAGUGGAGUUUACUUCUUGGUUGCAGCAAUGGCGAGAAGGCAGAAGGUCUAGCACUGCAAAGUCCGAGGAAGAAGAAGAAAGGUUGUAUACAGGU